AGGGACAGAAGCACAGAGAGACAGAGUAGGGAAGAGAGGGACAGAGAGAGAGAGGGAGAAAGAAAGUGACAGUGGGAGAAAGCUAGAGGGAGAAAGAGAUAGAGGGAAAGGGAAACAGUGGGAGAGAGAGAGGGACAUAGAGAGAGAUAGAGAGAGAGGGAGGGGAGAUAGUUGAUGAAGUGGUUCUGCUUGUUUUCAUUUUUCUCUAAUGAGUGCUGUCCCGCGAGGAGGAAGGAAGCUCCAAACAACUGACAAUUCCAGCAACUCUCUCCCUCUCGUUCUCUCUCUUUCUCUCUCUCUCUUUCUCUUUGUUUCAAUCAUUUCUAUUGGACAUUUAAAACACUGGCUGAGUGGUUGUUCUGCACAGCUGUUAUGGGCAUAUCAGAAGCUGUGCUCUGAGUCUGUGCCGCUGCAGUAGUCUUGGGCAUUAUCCUGGAGCGAUGUCGUCCCUCUACUCUCGUAAUAAGGAUCUGUCCUCCCGCAGCAGGAAGUCUCUGUCGGACUCGCCACCCUCCUCCCCGUCCCCCAGCACCAAAACCUUCAGACAUGAUAGAACAGGUAGUGGCAGGACAGAUGCCAGUAGUGUGGAGGGCUCCUCAGACAGACUGAGCCGUACAAGCUCCUACACCCGGCGAGAGAACCGCUUAGCCUCUCUCAAUAAGGCAGAUGACGACUCUGCUUCCAAAGACUAUAAAAAGCUGUAUGAGGAUGCCCUGACAGAGAAUGAAAAACUGAAGAGUCGUCUGGAGGAUAGCAAGCAGGAGUUGGCCAAAAUCCGCUCACAGCUGGACAAAGUCACACAGAGGCAGGACAGGAUAUCUGAGAGAUCCAGUUUGGUUGAAUCAGAGAAAAAGGAAAAGCAGGCUUUAGAGAAGAGAGUCUCUGACAUGGAAGCAGAGGUUAAGAAGCCAGCCCCAAUGAGGUUUCGCUGUGGCUACCAGCCCUGAGUUGAUCCUCGGCUGGAGUAAGGGAAAGGGGGACGAUGGUUUUGACAGAGCUGAAGUCUGAUAACCAGCGACUAAAGGAUGAGAAUGGGGCCUUAAUCAGAGUCAUCAGCAAACUCUCCAAGUGAGGACAAACCAAGCACUGGACUCACUCCAACAAUCAAAGCCGCUACGCUCUACUUUUCUGGUCACCAGUUACACACUCCAUGAAGAAUUAGUGUGUUCUAGUAUUCUCUUAUUAUUGGGUAACUUUGAAAUGAGGCUACAUGUUUUCUGAGGAUUUGCUUGUUUGCUAAAUUGGAAAAGAUAUCACAUUAUUAUCCCCCCAGUUCUACAGUAUCUAUAUAAUGUUUAAAAAAAAUAAGUAUAAAAAAAACUGACCCAUUUUGGGAGGGGCCAGAAGGAAUGUAUAAAAGGAAAUAGAUAACAGCCACCGGUUGCCUUAAUUAACUGAAAAAGAUUUAUUAUAUUAUAUUUUAUUUUAUUCUGAUGUUUCUGUUGUCUAAAAAAAAAUUUAGUAGUGUAUUUACUGUGAUAAAGUAAAGAGAUAUUCAGUGUAAUUGCAUCACACAAGCUUAAAGCAACAUAGUCUUAAACCACAAUGCAGCUCACAGCACUUUGUUUUAAGCUUGUGUUUAAAGCACAGAUAUAUUUAUUGUGAUGCACUGUGAACCCCAGAGUGAAACGAGGGGUUUUGUGGGUUUUUGUGGAAUGUUUUUGUAUGAUAUACUGGGCGCUGCUGCCAUCUGCUUUUUAUAUGUAAGCAACAGAGGUCUCUAGAACACUUUAAAAUAAAUGAUUACUAAGAAGUAUUGUAUAAAUCUAAAGUAUGGCUGUGACUGAAAUGUAUCCUACACCCUUAUUAGUAGUGCACUACAAAGGGAGAUACUGUGUAGUUUAAAAAGUAAUGAAAUUCAGUGAAUUCAGACACU